AUGAAGGUGACUGGGGCCUGCCAAUUGGUCUGCUACUCGCUCCUCACACUCGCUCACUUGGGGAGAGCGACUGCUUCACACAAACACGAUCUUCCAGCCCUACCGCCCAAGGCUCCUGACAUUGACACGGUCUCAAUCCUCAGAUCCCAAAAGCAACACCAAGACAACAUCUUCAAUGAGGCAGUGCAGCUUCUGGACUCAAUGAAAACAUCACCAUCGUGCAACAGGGUUGCUGCGACCAGACUGGUCGCAUCGUGUCAAACAUUUAGAGACGGGAAAGGCACACAGUUAAGUGACCCUGAGAGCCUCGAUGUGCUCCGAUCGGCAUAUGCAGCCAGGCUGGCCCUGUGCGAGAUUGAUGGGGCGGGGACUACGAUUCCACCUUCAUGCCUUGCGGUCACUGUGUCACCGCCACCGCAGAAACAUCGAUUCGGGUUCGUGAAUCGGCACAGAAGCCCUGACACUACAUCGGAUGAAGUUUCGCGAGAGAUACUGGAGGGAUGUCUCAAGACACUUGAAUCGCGACCUCAAUGGUGGACAUCAUACAGCAAUAGUCGACAGAAUGCCCUCAUCAUUUGCCAAGCUUCACGAAUGGAGACGGAAAAAGAGGAGCUUCUCGACUUGCACCGAGCCAUUGCGAGGAGCAGCAUCAAGCUCAAUGAUGGGCUGCAGGAUGCCUUAAAAGAUGCAGCUUUGCAGUAUGAGCGACAACGAGACUUCGCACAGGCUGUACAAGCUCUGCAGAAGAAGGUUGCUGCGGAAAUUAGCGUGACAGACUCUAUGCUCAAGCGGACAUUCAGCCAAUUUCUUCAGGAAAUCGAAGCUGGAACCACUGCUUUCCAAUCUGCCGUGUAUUCAGUGCUGAAGAAGACACAGGCAGAGACGGUGUUCCUUGAAAAGGACAUUCAGAACGUUUCAAAUCAAGUGGGAGCCCUUCAACACUCGUUACAGAAUGUGCAUCGAGACGCAAUGAUCAGAAGCCAGGAGGCUCUCCUAGAACAACAGUCCAGUGCCGUCGUCAACAAAGACCUGGCAGGCUCAUUGCAUCAGUCGCUUGAAGCCCUUGUGGGCCCCGAAAUGGAGAAAGUCUACAGGGGAAUGCAAAGAUUUGAUGCUACCAUGGAAUGGUUGACAAGUCGAAUGAACAUAAUUCUCGAGCAGGAGACUCGACUGACCCAGCACUUGCAUCACAUGGAACAAUUUAUAAAACAAUCUGAGUCAAAAGCAAGCGAGCUACAGAGAGCCCAGGACCUACAAACCGAAGCCCUGUCGGCACAGUCUCUCGCGCACGAAGCUAUCCAAUUUCAUGCUCAGGUCUCCGAAGCCCUACUGAGCAAAACUAGCGCCUCAGCCGCCAACCUACAAUCGGCUAUUGACAACGCUGCAAGUACUUUCAGGUACCUCCCAGCACUGAGCAGCGGGGGACUAUCCGCGUGGUCUCUAUGUGCUGUCCUCUUGGUGAUCAUCGCGGUGCAAAACGUCAAGAUUGCGAUUGGCCUAUCUUUUCUUUUUCUAGGUUGGUGCACCUUGAGUGCAGUCAAGCAUCUGAUUUUAGUGCAUUCCUUUUCCUCUAUCAUCUCGCGGUUUUUCUAA